UUGUAUCAUGAGUGGCUCUGCUCUGAGCUCUACCAGAUUCCCAGGAAGCAUCUAUGAGUUCCUCCAAGUAGCCUCUGCACUCAGCCUGCUUCUGCUGCUCUUCAAGACAGCCCAGUUCUACCUGCACAGGCAAUGGCUACUGAGAGCUACCCAGCAGUUUCCAUCCCCACCUUCUCACUGGUUCUUUGGGCACAAGAUCCCAAUGGACCAGCAACUUCAAGAUAUUCUAACACGGAUAAAGAAUUUCCCAAGUGCCUGUCCACAUUGGCUCUGGGGGAGCAAGGUGCGCCUGCAAGUAUAUGACCCUGACUACAUGAAGCUGAUUCUGGGGAGAUCAGACCCGAAAGCUAAUGGUUCCUACAGAUUUCUAGCUCCCUGGAUUGGGUAUGGUUUGCUUCUGCUGAAUGGACAGACAUGGUUCCAGCACCGACGAAUGUUGACCCCAGCUUUCCACUAUGACACUCUGAAGCCUUAUGUGGGAACCAUGGCAGACUCUGUUCGUGUAAUGCUGGAUAAAUGGGAACAGAUUAUUGGCCAGGAUUCCACCCUGGACAUCUUCCAACACAUAACCUUGAUGACCUUGGACACCAUCAUGAAGUGUGCCUUCAGCCACGAGGGCAGUGUCCAGUUGGACAGAAAAUACAAGCCCUACAUUCAGGCAGUUGAGGACCUGAACAAUCUCUUUUUUCUCCGUUUAUUGAACAUCUUUCACCAGAAUGACAUCAUCUACAAUGUGUCCUCUAAUGGCCGCAGGGCCAACAGUGCCUGCCGACUUGCCCAUGAUCACACAGACCAAGUGAUCAAAUCAAGGAGGGCUCAACUUCAGGAUGAGGGAGAGCUGGAAAAGGUUAAGAAGAAAAGGCGAUUAGAUUUCCUGGACAUCCUGCUAUUUUCCCAAAUCAAAAAUGGAAGCAGUUUAUCUGAUAAGGACCUGCGUGCUGAAGUGGAUACCUUCAUGUUUGAGGGCCAUGACACCACAGCUAGCGGUAUCUCCUGGAUCUUCUAUGCUUUGGCCACAAAUCCUGAACACCAACAGAGAUGCAGGAAGGAGAUCCAGAGUCUCCUAGGAGAUGGAGCUUCUAUCACUUGGGACCACCUAGACAAGAUGCCCUAUACCACCAUGUGCAUCAAGGAGGCCCUGAGGAUCUACCCACCUGUACCAGGUGUGAGCAGAGAGCUCAGCACGCCUGUCACUUUCCCAGAUGGACGCUCUUUACCCAAAGGUAUCCCAGUCAUGCUCUCCUUUUAUGGCCUUCAUCACAACCCAACUGUGUGGCCAAAUCCAGAGGUAUUUGACCCUUCUCGAUUUGCACCAGAGUCUCCCCGACACAGCCACUCUUUCCUGCCCUUCUCAGGAGGAGCCAGGAACUGCAUUGGGAAACAAUUUGCCAUGAACGAGAUGAAGGUGGCUGUGGCCCUGACUCUGCUCCGCUUUGAGCUGCUGCCAGAUCCCACCAGGAUCCCGGUCCCCAUACCAAGACUUGUGUUGAAGUCCAAGAAUGGAAUCCACUUGCAUCUCAAAAAGCUCCAAUAAUCUUCACAGGACAAGUCAGCUCGAAUGGAAGGCUGCCUGCUAUCCUGUCUUUCUGUCACUCGCUUUUGUCCCCAGUCCAUCUGCUCACAGCUUGUUCUUCUCACCUUCUUCACCUCCCCCACCUUCUGCUGUGCUUCCCAUCUCCUUGUCAGACUUGAUCAGUCCUGCUCAACUUCUUCUGGGGUCCCUACCUGCAUGUUUGACCUUUGGCCUUAAUGAUCUCCCUAACUUGCACCCUGCCUUCUCUUCUGUGUAUUUCCUUCUCUUCUACUGCUUGUCUGUCCUUAAAUUGAGCUUUAUACUGAUGUCAUAAUUAAUUACAAGA